AUGGACCGCGCGCGCUUCUCGCCGUCGCCGGAGCACCCGCACCGUGGGCCGCUCCAAGGAGGACCCCGCGAAACCACAGAGGCCCCGCCAGCGGAGGCCUUAAACGAACCAGAGACUUCGCGGCCCGCGCCGCGCACUCUCGCCUCCAUCCCGGAGAGCGAACCCUUGAUCAACUGCGUCAGUGCUAUCAGUGAUGUGCGGAAGACCAACGGGCGCCCUCUACACGUACAAUUCGACACGCAGUCGCCUCCUGCAAAUGUGUCAGUGUCGGGUUCAAGUUCGAGCUCGAGCUCCGAUGAUGAAGAGUUGUCGAUCACCGAAGCCCGACCACCCGAUGGCGGGUGGGGCUGGGUCGUUGUUUUCGCCUCAUUCAUGGUCAAUCUUAUCGCUGACGGAAUCACGUUCAGCUUUGGCGUCUUCUAUCCGCACUUUUUGGAGUAUUUCGGCGAGGGGAAAGGCAAGACCGCCUGGAUUGCGGGAAUCUUCAUGGCGAUGCCUCUCCUCUCCGGCCCGAUCGCUAGUUUCUUGACAGACAGAUAUGGUUGUCGUCGUAUGACCAUUUUCGGAGCUAUUUUAGCGUCCAUUGGAUUUGUGAUUUCGGCGUUCGUCGAUAAUGUGGAAACGCUGUUCCUUACAUUCGGCAUCAUGGCCGGGUUCGGAUUAAGUUUGUGCUACGUGGCGGCCGUGGUUAUCGUCGCCUACUAUUUUGAUACGAAACGCUCCUUGGCGACUGGAAUAUCCGUUUGCGGAAGUGGAAUUGGAACGUUUAUUUUCGCGCCAUUGACAUACGUGUUGCUUGACGAGUACGGGUGGCGCGGUACUACAUUGAUACUCGCAGGAUUUUUCCUAAACAUGGCAGUAUGCGGCUUGUUGUUCAGAGAUUUGCCUUGGACGACCACAAUGAACGAAGAGAGAGCCAAGGAGAGGAAACGAAGGAGGGAGAAAAAACGGAACAAGCGUUUAGCAGCAUCGGCUGAUAGCAUUUCAGAUAGUAAAAGUAGCCCAGCAGGCUCAAUGAAAGUAGCCGACUCAGGCGAUAUAGAAACAGUUUCGUCGCCGAUCGUGCCGCAGUUUAGUUCUUUAGUGGACCUACCCACGUUCAUGACUGGCGGUGAAGGUGUGUCACUCGAAGUGUUCGAGCUCAUGUCUAACAAGGGUCGAGCGUACGCUAUCAUGGCGCAGAACUACCCGGGCGUGAUGUUGCCUUCGAGAAGUUUUAGUGAUAGUGGACGGUUGCACGAACAGUCUCCCCCCAGGGCGCUGAUGUCUCCUGGGACGGCUUCGCCAAGUGCUCAGUCGCCCUCGUCGCCUCCACAAACAAUUGACAACAGUAAUUCAACAGCUCCCCUUAGUGACAAAACGUCCACAUCGCUCUGGCUAAGACGCCAUGCCAGCGGUUCUAAGAAACCUCCAGCGUUUUUGAAAGAUUUGAGGAUACAUCGGCAUUCCUUAACAUAUAGAGGCGCCAUGUUGAAUAUAAACCGCUACAGACUACGUGCCUCUUCGUGUCCUAACAUCUUCCGGAACUCGAUGACUACCAUUGCCAAAGAAAAGGUGCAGUGGUAUGCGGGUCUGUGGGAUUUCUGGGACUUAGUGGUGGACGUGCUCGACUUCUCCCACUUCAAGAAUCCCGCGUUCCUCGUGUUCGCCGUGUCCAACUUCCUGCUGUACAUGUGGUACGACGUACCGUACGUGUACAUCGCUGAUAACGGCAUGACCAUGGGCUUCAACGAGUCGCAGGCGUCCAUGCUCAUCUCCAUCAUCGGUAUUCUGAAUAUGUUUGGCGAGAUACUCCUCGGUUGGGUCGGCGAUUGGGAAUGCGUGAACCCGAGCCUGGUUUACGCGGGAUGUAUGCUUCUAUGCGGCAUAGUGACGUUACUAAUGCCUCUGUUGAAGACAUAUUUGGGCCUAGCGGUGGCCUCUGGAGGAUUUGGAGCUUUCAUAGCCGCUAACUAUUCUCUAACUAGUAUUAUAUUAGUGGAACAGAUCACGCUGGAGAAGUUUACCAAUGCGUAUGGAUUGUUGUUGCUGAUGCAAGGCUUGGCCAAUUUAGUAGGACCUCCACUAGCAGGUUGGAUCUACGACAUAACGGACUCGUACGAUUUGUCUUUCUAUUUGGCCGGUGUAUUCAUCGGAGUAUCCGGCCUGGUUAUGCUCAUAUUGCCUAUAUACGGCAGGGCUCGCAAGUAUAAUGAUAUGCGCAAGGGCCGAGCCUCAACAUCCACCAGCAGCGAGGACCCCAAGAUCGGGAACGGAGAGCUCAAGCAUAACGGGAAACUGGUCGUCUAG